AUGGGCCAGCCAACAGAAGCGCGACAACCUCAAACGGGGGAUAUGGCCGACGAAAUUGACCGAUUGGAUGAUGCUGCAGAUGCCAAUGCGCAAGAGCAUGAGCUCAGCCUUUCGCAGGCUCUGCGGUUGCACCCCAAGGCCGUGCUCUGGAGCAUUGCCAUGUCCACGGGUGUGGUCAUGGAUGGCUAUGAUUACAAGCUUGUCGGCACGCUUUAUGCCCAGCCAGCUUUCCAAAGAGCAUACGGGACGCACGUCAAGGGAAAUUCCUACCAAAUUUCGGCGCCAUGGCAAACGGGCCUAAGCAACGGAUCCGCUGGUGGACAACUCGUCGGCCUUUUGCUUGCUGGUUACCUCAGUGAGAGGUUCGGGUUCCGCAAAACAACAAUAGCAGGCCUCGCCGUCGUCGUGGCCUUCAUUUUCAUUACAUUCUUUGCACCUAACAUCAUCGUACUUACCGUUGGUCAGACAGUAUUUGGCUUCCCGCUUGGGCUGUUCCAAACAGUACCUGUUGUAUACGCUCUCGAGAUUGCUCCGUUAUGCCUUCGGCCAUACCUGACAAAUUACAUCAACUCUUGCUAUGUGAUUGGCCAAAUUCUCGCCACUGGUAUCCUGCGUGGCACCCUGAACAUUGAGAACCAGUGGGCUUAUAGGAUUCCCUUUGCGGUACAGUGGGUAUGGCCCGUCAUACUCAUCCCCUUGGUGUUCAUGGCACCCGAGUCCCCGUGGUGGCUCGUUAGAAGGGGACGCUUGGACGAAGCCAAAAAGGUUCUACAACGUCUCAAAUCGCCCCAAAACACCAACUUUGACAUCAAUAAGAACGUUGCCAUGAUGGUAGCGACAACCGAACACGAGCGCAUCGUGAACUCGCAAACUUCGUACUGGGCCUGCUUCCAGGGCACUAAUCUCAAGAGAACGUUAAUCGUCAUCGGCAUUUAUUGCAUCCAAACCCUGAACGGCAAUCCUCUGCGGAGUUAUUCAACCUAUUUCUUUCAGCAAGCAGGUCUGCCCACAACGCAAGCCUUCAACUUGGGCGUGAUUGGGUAUUGCGUAGCCUUGGUCGGCGGUAUCGUUUCGUGGGUAAUGUUGCCAUUUUUCGGACGGCGAACCAUAUAUCUAUGGAGCCUAGUGCUGAUGCUCAUAAUCAUGGUUCUUGUCGGUGGGAUCGGAGUAGCGCAAGCGCGAUCGACCAACCCCUCGUACUCUUGGGCCAUUGGCACGCUGAUUAUCACAUCGUCAUUCUUAUACAAUUGUUCGAUCGGUCCUCUAACAAAUACAUUGUGCGGCGAGCUGCCGUCGACACUUCUACGCAGCAAGUCCGUUGUCCUAGCCCGGUGGACAUACAUCGUCACCCACAUAGUGGCUGGCUUUCUUACUCCAUACCAGCUGAAUCCCACAGCGUGGAACUGGAGCGCCAAGACGGGGUUCUUCUGGGCAGGAGGGUGCUUGAUAUCUGUUGUCUUCACAUUCUUUUGCGUUCCCGAGCCCCGGGACCGUACACCAGCGGAGUUGGACAUCCUCUUUGAGACAAGUGUUCCGCCACGAUACUUUUCGAAGACCGCAGUGGACGUGUCUGCAACGCUCUUUGAGCGCGAGGCUAAGACUGUUUAA